GCGGUGGGCGGGCGGCCGCAGUCUGCCACGUUGCCGCCGGCAGCUCGGCGCAGCCCGGCCAGAAGGGGGAGAGGUUCGGCAAACUCCGGAAACGCUCGGCAAUGGCCGGAGGCGGCUUUUAAGGCGAGGAGCGGCUGCUGGCUGCCCUGCCCCGCCGCCGCCCGCCGCGAGGGGUCCGCUCCGCGGGCGCGCUGCCGCCUCGUCCUGCUGCCGCGCCGCGAGGGGCAGGGGCGCGAUGCUGGCCGACAGCCUGGUGGAAGAGUUCGAGAUCCGCGAGGAUGAGCCCUGGUACGACCAGCAGGACCUGCAGCAAGAUCUUCACCUUGCUGCUGAGCUUGGGAAGACACUACUGGACCGUAACACUGAACUAGAAGAAUCUUUACAGCAAAUGUAUGCAACAAAUCAAGAGCAACUGCAGGAGAUAGAGUACCUCACAAAGCAAGUGGAGCUCUUGCGUCAGAUGAACGAUCAGCAUGCAAAAGUCUAUGAACAGCUGGAUGUGACAGCAAGAGAACUUGAAGACACUAAUCAAAAACUUGUUGUGGAGAGCAGGGCUUCACAACAAAAGAUAUUAAGCUUGACGGAGACUAUUGAAAAUCUGCAAACACACAUAGAUGACCUGCAGCGACAAGUAGAAGAAUUGAAAAAGUCUGGACGAGGCCGGAUGAGCCACGAGAGAUCUGACCAGCCAAGAUCAAUGCACAGUUUCUCAUGUUUGAAGGAGCUGUAUGACCUUCGCCAGUAUUUUGUUUAUGAUCAUGUGUUUGCAGAAAAGAUUACUUCAAUGGAUAGUCAAUUAAGUCCUCUAGAAGAAGAAAAUGAGAACUUAAAAAAGGCAGUUACAGUUCUGCAAGCCCAACUUAACCUAGAAAAAGAGAAAAGGGUAACAAUGGAGGAGGAAUAUAGUCUUAUGGUAAAAGAAAACUGUGAGCUUGAACAGAGGCUUGUUGAUACAGACUUGUAUCGGGCUCGUGCAGAGGAGCUGGAAGUGGAAGUGGCUGAAAUGCGACAAAUACUUCAGUCUGAAAACACAUUCCAUAAUGCAGAGAAAUUGGUGCCAGAAUCCUUUUUCGUUUCAUUCAAGGAAUCUUUAGAAAGGGAGCUUGGUCAGAGCCCGGCAGAUGAUGGACUUCUGACUGUGUCGGAGCUUGAGAAGAAGGCACUGAAACGGAGCAGCAGUGAAACUUUCCUAAGCAGCGCUGCAGGGGGAGACAUUCUAAGGGGCCAUGAAGAAACGUGCAUUAGGAGAGCUGAAGCGGUGAAGCAGCGAGGAAUCUCUGUACUUAACGAAGUUGAUGCUCAGUAUAAUGCUCUGAAAGUGAAGUAUGAGGAACUUUUGAAGAAGUGUCAAAUGGAUGAAGAUUCUUUGAAACACAAGGCUGUACAAACGCUGAAGCAGUAUUCCAAAGACCUAAAUGUGGGCAAUACCCAGUACGAUCUUUCAGCUAGCAAUCAAGAAUUCACAAACAUGGAGCUAAGUGACUCUUCCACAAAUGCUCUUCCUGAAUAUAAAGCACUCUUCAAGGAAAUUUUUAGCUGUAUCAGAAAAACAAAGGAAGAAAUAGAUGAACACAGAGCUAAGUACAAGUCCCUCUCCUCUCAGCCGUAACACUGGACACGCUGAUGACCUGUUUUCUGUUGACGGCUAAUCUGUUAGUCCAGAAGGGGAAAAACUUGAUAGAAAUGUCAGAAGACCCCCUUAUACCGAUGUGUUUCUUGAGCACUCAAAAUGAAUGUUCUGAAUUGGCUUGUAGACCUGUAGUGAACAAUCUAGUUAGUUAACAGCUAGUCUCCCUGUACCUAUGUAGCAGUAGAUUUAAUGUUAUUUAGCACUGUUAUAAAAACUAGUGGUUGUAAAGCAAACAAACAUCAUAGCUUAAUACUACACUAUUACUUUGUACUACACUUAAUCUCUGGCCAGAGCAGUAGAUGACGCUAGUUUCCUUAGUCCACUUCAAAAAUAACGGAGCUAAGAGUUCUCACAGGGAGCCAGACUAAGGCUUUCCUUUGGUUCGCAGUGAUGAUCUAGCCCUGUGAUUGCAUCUGUGUAGAAAAUUAACAAAACCAAAGCCCCUGACCAGCAUCAUGGGCAGCCUCUCCUUGAUUCUUGAUAACGAAGUUAGGGGUCUAUCUGACCUUGCUUUGGCAGGGAGGUGGAGAGCUGGCACAGCAGCCUGCACCGUGCUUGGUUUAAGCCAAUACGACGUUUUCACAUGCGCUAAGCUCUCCCACAGAUUAGUAGAAACGUCUUCCUACUAAGAAGGGAUUUGAUGUAAAGUUCGCCUGGCUUUUUAGGUAUGGUUUCUUAUGUAGGGCACUUUGUCUUAAGGCAAGAUACUGUGAAUUGAUUUCCUAUGUUAUUUGGGGCCUACUGUUCUUUGGUGGAAUGUCUGCAAAGUACAUUUUUAUGUGUAUUUGGUAAGAUAGAAACUUGCAAUUUAGCUAUUUAACUUUAGUAGUAGUGUUGACAUAGUGGCAUAGCUUUUAAUCUUACAUACCACAGACUCCCAAGUGCUUGAAGGAGACGGGCCAGGUAAAACCUUAUGAUACUGUUUUGUCUCUUGCUUCCAGUGUCAGCUUCUGUGGAUCUGCUCCGUGCUGCCUGGGGGGUGGGAGGAUGGACACGGCGCUACCGGAACAGAGCCUACUGAAACAGGGGACCACGCGCUUGUUCUUCCUCUCCUUCUCCACUCACUAAUAAUUCCUAUGUAUUCGAGUUCUGAAAAACAAUACGGAGAAGUGUGUUCUGUAAAACUGCUUCAAAGUGUGAAGAAAACAAAAGGCAAGGAGAUUAAGGGGAGGGAAGGCACAAUGAAAGGUGACGUCCUUCUCCUUAUAAAGGGUCUCACAGUUAAUUUGGUCAGCUGUUCUUGGGAACCGACUUACUGCCUGUCUGAAUUGCUGCGAUGUACCAAACAGUCGACACAGAAUGUUGACAGUUUCUCAGCUUUCGUUCAGCUGCUGCUGUUGCAGCUCUGUAAGCCUUACACUGUACCCCGUUAGCUGGUGUACAGCUGUCCUUCAGUUGCAGUAUUAAGACUUUGUAUUGUGGGAGUUCCUCUAAAACAUGUAUCGCAUUCUGGAAAAUUAUUUAAAAAUGGUAAUCUGAAUCUUGUGAGUAUUUUUCUAGGCAAAUAAAUAAUCCAGUCAAGCUACAUGUCUGACUAGUAAUUGUGCCCAUCUGCACCAACCAGGAAACAGUAAACUUGGUGCGGAUGGCACCUGCAUUAUCUAGUCUUGCCAUCUUUCCUACAUAGCUCAGAUGGAGUUCACAUUAAAUUUGUAUUUUAAAAAGAUUACGCUAUGUGGAAAGGGAUAGGCCUGUCUGGGAUAGAAAUCCAGCAGGAACUAAGUAGUUUCUCCUCAUAGUUGUGUUUGUCGUUGCUGUUCAAAAAGGAGGGGAGGGAGGAAAGAAAGGAGAAAAGCUGCUGUUCUGCCAUCAGGUUACCUGUGCUGUCACGAUCUCCCUCACUUAGAUCCUUAUCACCUGGGGGUCUGCCCCAGUUCAGAUACUGGAAGGCAGUAACCUUAAACAAGAAAGGCAUGACGCUGUUAGCCACAAUUUAUUUACUACUAGUAUUCCUCACCGCUUUAGGGGAAGGGGGAAUCCACACCUGCUGGACCAGAAGACAGGUAAAAGCAAUUCAGAAUUUUUGGUUAAAUAGGUGAUAUUCAGUGGUGUAUUACUGUUGGCUAGUUUAGAGCACUUUGUAUAUACGCAGGUUUUAUGCUUUAAAAAUAUCAAAAAUGUUCUCUGAUUCCCACAGAACUACUUGAUUCUUCUGUAAUGUAACUUCCCCUUGGCUACCUGUGCCGUCGCUAAGCUCUGGGUGUACUGUACUUUAACACUUGGCUGUACGUACUGUGCAAUAAAACCCUCCAAGGCUGGGUCCUGCCUUCGUAACUUCUCUCAGACUGUGGCUCUCCCGCAGAGAAGCUUUAUAGGUGCAGCCAGAGGCAAGGCCGUGGCGUGGGGCUGCAGGAGGGCUGUCGGCCAUGGGCGCACACAGCAGACCACGACAAAGGCUGCAACACCUGCCUGAAAUCAAAACACCUCCCAAUUAAUUGAUGUGGUUACUGAACUACACUAGACUGUUUAUUAUGGUAGAGUUUUAGCAGUUUAAAAAUAGAUUAUUUUCCACAGAAAUGUGAAAUGCCAUAAGCAUGCUAACAGUAUUCUUAGCCAGUCUUAUCUGGAUUAAGUACCUUAAUCUGCUUACUUUAGACCACAACCCAACUCAGCCUUUUCUGAGUGUAAGUAGAUGAAACAGAAUCUCCUUGUGCUUCUCAUGUGAUGGAAAUGAUAGCAAAGACCACGACCAGUAAAGUAACCGUGUUGUAGAAUGCUUACAGGAGGAUAUUCCUGUAAGAUAACUCAUUGCAGUUUGGCUUCAAUGAAAAACCUAUAACCAAAAGAUCAGUUACUGCACCUUGUGCAACAGGCCCUUAGCGUGACAGCCA